AUGGGUGAGACGACUAGCCUAUCAGUGCUUAGGCAGUUUUGUAAAUGGAUCUGGGAAAUUUUCGGUGGGGAGUUCCUACGGAAGCCCACCCCUGAUGAGUCAGAGACUGCUAGAUAUGCACUGUUCGAUCCACGGGUUCCCAGGAAUGUUAUGAAGCAUCGAUUGCAUGCAUUGGGAGUGGAGGAACUGUCCCGUGGCCUGGAAAGGCUAGUUCACAACUGGAUUCAAAAGCAAACAUCCAUCGAUGAUUCUGGAGGAACUGUCCCGUGGCCUGCCAUUGCUGACUAUCGUUUACGGAUCUGGCAUGCGUAUUUCGGUGUGGCGGGUUCAAACAACGACAUUAAUGUUCUUCAGUCAUCGUUGCUCUUCAACGAUGACUGCCGGGGGGAGGGUCUAAAAAUCAGCUUCGUAGCCAACGACACGCAGUACAGUAGGGGAUACUAUUUGACAGAUGAGAUAUAUCUGUGGUGGCUCUGGAGAAAUGGAUUGGAACAAUUCUCCUUAUGCCUCCACGCAAGAAAAUCUAGAAAUGUUAUUAAGACUGAAUCGAGCGCCACCGCACCAAGUAUAAACCGCUUGGACUGGUGA